GUCCCAGGCCAGUCCCCACCUCCUCUGCGCUGGGAUCCCUGCCGGUUGGCCCGGCUGAGUGUGGGAAACGUGCUGAGCGGCUGCUUUCCGAGCGGAAGGUCAUGUGAAGUAUUAGAUUGUGUAGGGAAAGGCGAAAAGCUGCAGAUAGAAGAAUCGGGUUUUACAAUCCCCGGGAAGCGCUCUGCAGCUGGAUCGUGGAGUGCGCUAAGAUAGUGAAUUCCUAAGAAAAUGGAUCGCCUAGUAGUUGUUUGCUAAACGUUUGGACUCAGCAGUGUACAGAUUUGUUGCAGAGGCAGAAAAUGGCAACUCCUUAUGUCCCAGUUCCUAUGCCCAUAGGAAACUCUGUUUCUAGUUUUACAGCCAACAGAAAUCAAAGAAGUUCUUCUUUUGGCAGCAUUUCAACAACCUCAAACUCCUCCAAAGGCCAGUUAGAAGAUUCAAAUAUGGGUAAUUGUAAACAGACAAGUGUUCCUGAUCAACUGGAUAGAACUUCAUCUGUCUGUAGCAGUCCUCUCAUUAGGACUAAGUUUACAGGUACAGAUUCAUCCAUUGAAUAUUCUACUAGACCAAGAGAAACUGAAGAACAAAAUCCUGAAACAGUGAAUUGGGAAGAUAGACCAUCUACACCUACUAUCCUGGGUUAUGAGGUGAUGGAAGAAAGAGCAAAAUUUACUGUAUAUAAAAUACUAGUAAAGAAAACCCCAGAAGAAAGCUGGGUAGUUUUCAGAAGAUACACUGACUUCUCUAGGCUUAAUGACAAAUUAAAAGAGAUGUUUCCAGGCUUUCGAUUAGCACUUCCACCAAAACGCUGGUUUAAAAAUAAUUACAAUGCCGAUUUUUUAGAAGAUAGACAAUUAGGAUUACAAGCAUUUCUUCAAAAUUUAGUAGCUCACAAGGACAUUGCUAACUGCCUUGCAGUGAGAGAAUUUCUUUGUCUGGAUGAUCCACCAGGUCCAUUCGAUAGCCUAGAAGAAAGCAGGGCUUUCUGUGAAACUUUAGAAGAGACAAACUACCAUUUACAGAGAGAACUGCUUGAAAAACAAAAAGAGAUAGAAUCCCUGAAGAAACUGCUUAGUGCAAAACAACUUCACAUAGACACUUUAGAGAACAGAAUCAGAACAUUGUCUCUGGAACCCCAAGAGUCACUUUAUGUAUCCGAAACAGAAAAUGGAGAGAUCCUAAGGGCAGAGUGCUCUGCACUCAAAACUGACCAAGAUGUCUUGGACAAAGAAUCUAGAGCUGAUGAUAAGCCACACUUCCAUUUUAACGACCCUGAAAAUGCUGUACCAGAAAUGGAGGUAGCGGAAGUGGCAGAUGGUGCUGAAGGAGACUAGCACAAUGCAUGCGGUUCCCUCCCCUUUGACGCGUCAGCAAGUUGAGAAUCGAGUGAGCAGCAAAUGCCAUUUAAAAUAAAAAGACUGAGGGCCAGGGAUUUGGCUCGGUGGUUCUGCUGCCUGCCUC